CACGGCCUGGUUGCGGGCCCCGGCCGCGCCGCGCCGGAGCCGGGACGGGACCGCAGCGCCUGCGCCUUCGGGUCUCCCUUCCCCUGGGCGUGGGACGCACUCCGGCCUGGUCUCUUUAGCGACCACACUGGCGACUUAGAGGAUUUUCAUGUGUAGUUGCACGACUUCCGGAAAUACCAGACCCACAGCUGGGCACUCAGUCAAUUAGGAAGCCGAUGACCCUGCUUAAUGAUUCCAGAACUGGGUACUGAUGUGGAGACAAUGCCAAAGCUGCAGGGUUUUGAGUUCUGGAGCCGCACCCUAGGGGGGGCCCGCCACGUGGUGGCCCCCAUGGUGGACCAGAGCGAGCUGGCCUGGAGGCUGCUGAGCCGCCGCCACGGGGCCCAACUCUGCUACACCCCCAUGCUGCAUGCCCAGGUCUUCGUCCGCGAUGCCAACUACCGGAAGGAGAACCUUUACUGUGAAGUGUGCCCUGAGGACCGGCCCCUCAUUGUACAGUUCUGUGCCAAUGAUCCAGAAGUGUUUGUCCAGGCGGCUCUCCUGGCUCAGGAUUAUUGUGAUGCUAUCGACCUGAAUUUGGGUUGCCCGCAAAUGAUAGCCAAGCGAGGUCACUAUGGUGCCUUCCUACAGGAGGAGUGGGACCUGCUUCAGAGAAUGAUUCUGCUAGCCCACGAGAAACUCUCUGUCCCUGUCACGUGCAAAAUCCGUGUCUUCCCAGAGAUUGAUAAGACUGUGAGAUAUGCCCAGAUGCUGGAGAAAGCUGGCUGCCAGUUGCUGACUGUGCACGGGCGCACCAAGGAGCAGAAGGGACCUCUGUCAGGCACUGCAUCCUGGGAGCAUAUCAAGGCUGUGCGGAAGGCAGUGGCCAUCCCUGUGUUUGCCAACGGGAACAUCCAGUGCCUGCGGGAUGUGGAGCGCUGCAUCCAGGACACAGGGGUACAGGGUGUCAUGAGUGCAGAGGGCAACCUGCACAACCCCGCCCUGUUUGAGGGCCGCAGCCCUGCUGUUUGGGAGCUGGCCGAGGAGUACCUGGACAUCGUGCGGCAGCACCCCUGCCCCCUGUCCUAUGUCCGGGCCCAUCUCUUCAAGCUGUGGCACCACACGCUGCAGGUGCAUCAGCAGCUUCGAGAAGAACUCGCCAAAGUGAAGACUUUGGAGGGCCUCGCCGCAGUGAGCCAGGAGCUGAAGCUGCGGUGUCAGGAGGAUAUAUCCAGGCAGAAGGAGGGAGAGAAGCCCUUGGGUGGCUUGCCUUUCUUCCACUGGAUCUGCCAGCCCUACUUCCGGCCAGGGCCCAGGGAGGGGAGCAAGGAGAACGGAGGUGCCCGCAGCAAGCGGGCCCUGGAGGAGGAGGAGGGCAGCACGGAUGUCCUGUCCAAGAACAAGCAGAAGAAGCAGCUGAGGAAUCCUCACAAGACCUUUGAUCCCUCCCUAAAGCCGAAAUAUGCAAAGUGUGAUCAAUGUGGAAACCCAAAGGGCAACCGAUGUGUGUUUAACCUGUGCCGGGGCUGCUGCAAGAAGCGAGCUUUCAAAGAGACUGCUGACUGCCCAGGUCACGGAUUGCUUUUUAAAACCAAAUUUGAGAAGUCUCUGGCCUGGAAGGGGGCCCAGCCCCGGCUGCAAGAGCCUCAGCAGGCAGGGCCUGGGGAACCAGGCAGCUUCCCCGAGGUCAUGGGCAGUGCUCUGGCCUGAGGGCAGCUGGAGCCUGAUGUGCUGUCCCACUGGGCCCAGGACUGCUGCCAAAGCCUCAACACAUCCCACUUAUGGAAAUGCCUUUACUCAGGGAAUCUCCUGCUACUUAACAUGGAAGGACAAGCUGGUCUUACCCUCAGCCCACGCUGGGGGCCCGGAAAUGCUGCACUGGGGAGCAGGCUCCCAGGCUGGACCUUCCCCGUCCUCCAAACUUGUGUGUGUUCAAAAGCAAACAAUAAAUCAUUUCAAAGAUGCA